AUAGUCUCAGUUUUUUACCAUAAUUCUUAUAAUUAAUUAUUCGACCAAUAAACAACUGCCACAAAAGCAUUUUAAAACUCAAGUAGAACAAAUUCAUCUGAUAACAAAACCAUUUUCUUAUAAUUUAUAAAAUGUCCAUUUCGAGUGCCGACUUAGCUCUUAAUAGAGUCGACACAUUAGUAAUUCAAAAUUACUACCAACCAACUGAGGUAUAAUCGUAAUUAAAACCACAACAAGACCUAUCUUCUCAUAUAAUCAGAAGUCAAAAGAGAAAAAAGAAAAAGAAAAAAAGGAAACUUAAAAAACACAGUUUUCUCAUAAAACUCUGUAUUUUGAAUAUAAAACAGAUUUAAGAAGGUCCAUUCGGGGAGAGAAAGCUAGGGUUCAGGGGAGAGAGAGAGAGAGAGAGAGAGAGCGAGCAUUUUGUAUGGCUGGACAUGCGAUUACUCCAGCGUCAAUUACUGGCGGUUCUACAGACUGCCCAUUGAUAACGUCACUUUUGAACAAGUUUCGUAUUUCUGCCGUAGUUGAACAAUUAGCUAUGUACGUUUACGGUAUGCUAAAAAACGACAACGUUGAGUUCUUCAAUCUCUGCCUCUCCCUUGCCAGAGGCAUUGACUAUGCUGUUGCAAACAACGAAGUUCCGGGCAAGGUUCAAGAUUUACCUUUUAUGUUAAAACAGGUAUGUCAACGUAAAAAUGACUCCUUAUUACAAGCAGCUAUUAUGGUGUUGAUGAUCUCUGUAAAGAAUGCUUGCAAGAUUGGAUGGUUUUCAGAUAAGGACUCCAAAGAACUUCUCUCUCUUGCAAAUGAGAUAGGAAGCAGCUUCUGCAGUGCAAGAGACUUCAGCACUGAAGCAAGUAGUUCUCUUCCAACUAUCUCAAAAAUUCUGUCGAGAUUUUAUCCGCAGAUGAAAAUUGGUCAGAUACUUGCGUCUCUUGAAGCGAAGCCUGGUUAUGGGACUUUUGUGAUCGAUUUCCAUAUUUCAAAGAAUACAAAUUUUUCUCCAGAAGAAAAAAUACGGUUAUUUGUGGCUCAGUUAGAUAAUAUAGAAACAUCUGCCUGUCUCAUAAGUCCCCCACGAGUUAACUUUCUCUUAAAUGGUAAGGGAGUGCACAGAAGAAAUAAUGUUUUUAUGGAUAGUGGACCACAAACUCCAACAAUUGUGUCGCCAAUGCUCAAGUAUGGAACAAAUCUUCUACAAGCCGUGGGCCAGUUCAAUGGAAAUUACAUUAUAGUUGUUGCCUUUAUGAGUGUGAUCUCAAACCUUGACCGGCCUGUCCUACAAGAUUAUGUCCAGCCUGCUGUUGCUGCAGUUGAUUCAGAUUUUGAGAUUAUCGAAGGACCAUCACGAAUAUCACUAAAUUGUCCCAUAAGCUUCAGGCGUAUUAACACUCCUGUUAAAGGACAUUCGUGCAAACAUCUUCAGUGUUUUGAUUUUGACAACUUUGUGGACAUAAACACAAGAAGACCAUCAUGGCGUUGCCCGCAUUGUAAUCAAUAUGUCUGCUACACAGAUAUCCGUGUCGAUCAAAAUAUGGUCAAGGUCUUGAGAGAGGUGGAAAAGAAUGUUGCUGAUGUGAUUAUAGCUGCAGAUGGAUCAUGGAAAGCUGUUACGGAAAGCAAUGACCAAAAGGACCUGCCACAUGAUAGGCCCUCAGAUGGGCCUGCUUUGCAAAAAUCUACUAGCUUCUCUGAUGCUGUUCCAGAUAUUUUGGAUCUCACCGAGGAGACUGAUGAGAUGGAUGUAAUGGGUACAUGUGAAACUGAAGACAGGAAACCUGUUCUGGCUAAUGUUCUAUGUCAAACUAAUUCUAAGAAUCUGACUGUUCCUGCAGAAUUUAACAAUCCAAGCGAGAUUAGUCAAAACAAUGCUUCUCAUGUAGAGGAUGACUUCUGGUCAGGAAUUUACUUGUCAACUUCUGGAUCAGGGAUACCCGAUGCUUCAUCAGUUGCCCAAAUCUUUGGUGGUGUUUCUGGAUCCCUUCCUACCACUUCUAUGCUGUCACCUGUGUUAACUGAUGCUGUUUCUCCUGCUCUUAAUCGAGAAGCUGGGGCUCUUCAUGGAUCUACUCUUCUUGAUACCUCUGUAUCCCAAAGUCAAAUUCCUUCUUCCAGUAAUUUGCAUUUACAGCAGACAAACUUUGGGAAUGCAUUUUCUGCCAAUGAAUACGGAAGGUUCCCAUCAAUACCCAGACAUGUAAACAGAACGCCGAUUGCAGUUCAGGCCCUUCCGGCUCCAACCCUGACACCAGUGUCACAACAAAGAUCAAGAAAUAAUUUGAAUACUUUGAACCCCAAUGGUAUGUCGCUUCCUUCUCAGACUUCUCGCGCUCUACCAACAAUUGCAGAGGUUUUUGAUGCAGUCUCCAGUGAUGUGGAAAGGCAGCAGCAAUUUUCUAGAUCUCAUUUGAAUCCGCUUCAAAUGUCAAAUAUGACAUCUUCAUUGCAGCAGCCCUCAGCAACUCAGAACUGGGAUCAACCGGUAGUUGGCCUUAAAGCUUCAAAUCCACUCCCAAGUGCUUAUAGAGCUCACAACAGCAGCUCACAACAGCAGCAGCAGCAAAGCUCACAACAGCUGCAGCCUCUGAACCUAAGGAUGUCACAUUCCACAAGUCAGUCUCCAAGCAUGAUCCAGUCAUCUGCUCUUUUCCGACAAACUCAAGUUCGUCAAGGAAGUGCACAAAGUGGGGUUGGUAAUGCAGCAGGUACUGGAAUUAGUCAACAAGCCCGGUUUAUGAAUGCCACCGCUCUGCGAGCUGCCCAGGUGGCAAGAAGGUCACCGUCAAUGCCAGUUCCAAUGCAAACACCCCGAACAUCAUCUUUCCCGGUGAAUGUUGAUGGGGGGUUUAAGGCAUCAGUGGGAGAGCAGAGAGGGAAUACGGGAGGAAUGGUGCAACCAACCACAAGGGAAGAUAGUAUGGUGGAUUUGGCAGCAGCAGAGCAAAACUGGCGACCUACAGGUCGGAUGCGUGGAAGUCUAUCUGGUUCUGCCUAUUCUGCUGCUCUUAACCAGUUCAUAAUUCGUCCGACCCAGCCGACUCAAGCGGCUAGACCACCAUCAAUUAUAACCUCACCCCCACCUGGUAUUCCACCGGAAUUCCAUGUGCUCAUGGCAAACAGGAGUGCCCAUACUUCUCCCGCAGCGAAUCAGCCAUUGACUCAGUCAAGUAGCUCAGCUGGAGGUUCAGGUGUUCUGCCUGAGCGGUCUUCAGGGAUGUACUGAUGUUGACGAUGAGUCAACUGGUAAGGCUGUAUAUAGUAUGGCCGAUUUUGUAUUUCCCGGUCACCUGUAAAGUUAUCCGCGUUAUCAUACAUGUGCUAAUGUUUCUUGUGACAGUUUAUAGUCUGAGUUUCCUAUCUUCCUGUUUAUUAGUUUGCAUUAUUGGUUAUGGAGGUGAUGUGGUUUGAUAGAUCUGGAAGGUGUGCAUUUCCAACACUUUCGUUCACUGGUUAUCUACGAGGGAUAGAAACAGAUUAGUAAACCUCGAAUCUUUUUAGUACCUUGUCUAAUGUAUGGUAAGCACUAUAAAUUUAUAUGCCAACUUUCUUCAACAUUGUGUUUAAACUAAUCGAUCACUGAUCUCAUCUCUCGUCA